CCGGCGCCGCUCAGUACUCUCCCGACCGCCGACAGUGGCACACGUUUCUAUAUUCACAAAUUUAAUCGAACACUUAAUUUUUAUUUUAUUUUUCUCUGUGUCAAAUGUGUAUAAACAUACAAACUAUUACUUGAAAAUAUAACCGCGUUUUAAUACAAUAAACUUGGAAAAGCGCGGGAGUGUUGCAUUCGCGUGUAUGCUAAUAAGCCGGCACUACGGAGCAUUCGGAAUUUGAAUUGGUGAAGGUCCGCUUCAACAGAUUGGCGAUAUUGGCGUUAAGUAGGCUUUCCCCUGAGCCUGCAUUUCGGGUAAUAAAACAUGGUGGCGCGAGUGGCAACGGAUGAGCGGCCGUUCGAGACGCCGUCCUCAGACGAGAGCGGCCUCGGUAGAAGCGAUUCACCCAGCGACGAUGUUGAACCAGAAGCAGCUUUGGUGGUACCGCCAGAUGGCGGCUGGGGCUGGGUCGUGGUAGCGGCUUCAUUCAUGUGCAACGUCAUCGUCGACGGCAUCAUCUUCUGCAACGGAGACAUGGUCACGGAAAUACAAAAGGAGUUUGGUGUGAGCGAAGGUGCAGUAGCGCCAGUAAGUUCCAUAUUGACUGGAUUUUAUCUUCUGUCCGGACCAUUCGUAUCGGCCCUCGCUAACAAAUAUGGGUUCAGGAUUGUGACAAUUGUGGGUAGUUUGAUAUCCUUCGUUGCUUUUACCCUGUCCUACUUCGCAACGAGCGUCGAAUAUCUUUAUCUAGUCUACGGUCUUUUAGGAGGUAUCGGUUUCUGCAUGAUCUACAUGCCGGCGGUGUUGACUGUCGGAUUCUACUUCGAGAGAUGGCGCGCGCUGGCCACCGGCCUGUCUCUCUGCGGCUCCGGAGUUGGAACAUUCAUCUUCGCUCCUCUCACUCACAAGGUCAUCGAAAAUUACGGCUGGAGAUGGACCAUGGUUAUACAUGCUGGAUUUAUAUUGGUGUGCGUGGUGUGCGGCGCGCUGUUCCGGCCCAUCAAGCCCGUGCGCGUCACGCUCGCCGACCAGAAGGAGGAGGAGGACACUGCGCGCCGCCACGAGGAGGCCGUCGAGAAACUCAACUCCAUGAUCAAGCUCCACAGCAAACUGGACUCCGCUAUCGCCAUGCCUUCGGAGAUGAGGUUCACCAACAGAGUCAGCCCUCACACUUGGAUGGGCGUCGCCAACAACACUCGUUAUCCUACCGCCGAAGAAAUCUUCAAAGGCAGCACCUCUCACCUCGGGAGACGAUCGUCCGCUACCGCGGGAACCAUGAAGAAUCUAAACAAACCCAUCUUCAUCACGAGCACGGUGGCAGAAAAAGACGAACAGGAAGAUUCUAAUAGCAACAUCGAUAACGCCGAACCCUUGAUCGCCUCUCCCAUCAAAGUGGUCUCGAGAGACGCGAGACCGAGGCGCUCCCAUGCCGACCUGGUGGCUAGACCGUUGUACCGUGAUGAUAUAUUCUUCGGAGCGAGUCUCGCGCGACUACCGCAGUAUACCUCCCGGACCUCGCUGGGCUACCACUUGGCCGUCACUCAUCUGCCCACACAGGAGGACGUACAAGAAGACGAAUCCGGAAAGUGCAGUCUUUGCCCCGAGGCGGUCAGGAGAGCGUUAGCGACCAUGUUGGACGUCAGCCUGUUCAAGUCACCGACAUUUAUAAUCCUAGCGAUAAGUGGCUUCUUCACUAUGCUCGGGUUUUUCGUGCCGUACAUGUAUGUGAAGAAGCGCGCGGAAGAGAACGGCUUGAGCGAGAACACGGGCGUGAUGCUGUUGUCUGUGAUCGGUAUCGCUAACAUCGUGGGUCGUAUCGCGUGCGGGCUGGUGUCCUCUAUGCCGCGCAUCUCCCCGCUGUGGCUCAACAACAUCGCGCUGUCGGUGGGCGGCAUCGCCACCAUGCUCAGCGGCCUCUGGUUCGACAGCACCUACCAGUUCACCUACUGCGUUGUUUAUGGACUUGCCGUUGCUUGCUUUUCUUCUCUUCGUUCCAUUCUGGUUGUCGAGUACAUCGGCUUGGAGCAGCUGACGAAUUGCUUCGGUCUGUUCCUUCUCUUCCAAGGAAUAGGAGCUCUCCUCAGUGCUCCUAUUGGUGGUAUCCUUAGAGAUAUGACGGACGGGUUCGAGGCGUCAUUCUACGCAUCGGGCGCGUUCUUUCUGGUCUCUGCUUUGAUUUGCUACCCUGUGGACUACAUCAGCCGAUGGGAGAAGUCACGUAACAAGCUCACAACCACACCAAAAGUCUGAUUUUAUAAUAAUAAUUCAUGAGACUUAAAUAUCGUUCAGUAAGCAGUCACUUGACUCUGUGGGUAAUUUAUCUGUACAGAAAUUGACAGAAAAUAUAUUAUGAUAUAUUAAAAUUUUACAAAGAGGUUAAAAAAUGUGUUUAGGAUCAGGGUAUAUAACUAUUUUGUAGAAUCCAAUUAAUGCACGAUUUAUUUCAAUGUUUUCUUUAUUUUAAAGAUACGAGAAAUUCACUGCCGAAUGAUAUUUUUCAAUUGAAACUGUUUACUGUUAAUAGAUAAGCCAUCGUACUUAUAGAUCUGAGGAAUUACUUCCUUACUUUUUACAUUAUGUAAUGUACUUAAAGUGUAAACAUUAAUUUUCGUUAUUUAUUUCGGUGUUUUUGAUGACCACUUUAUGUACAUUUUUAACUUUUAUUGAGAAAUUAAAUAUUUACUAUGGUAUUUAAUUUAAUUUUUACAAAUAUGCUUAUGGCAAUCAUUUUUAAAAGUUUACUAAUAUCAAAUAUCCUAGAUAAAUUGGUCAGGUGCUAAUACUAUAAAUUUUGAGUAAGUUCAAAUUGUAGAAAUGUAUUUCAAUCAAUUUUUACAUUUAUAAAUGAAUAUUGAUAAUCUAUGCAUAAUAUCAAAAUUGUGGAAACUUUCCUCCCUUGUCAAUUUUUAACCAUAGUUGCAAAAUCGUUGGUUAUCUUUUGAUAACUGCGAAGAUAAUAAAUGCAUUUAAAAAUAGAUUUAGUGGUUGAAAGUACAAAGACUCGAAAUAUUAAUUUAUCUAUAAUUUGACGAAAUUGUUGCCGAGAAUGAUUUGAUGCCAAAUUAUAAUUAGUGUACACGUAUAUUAUACUGUAACCGUUUCCUAAGUAUGUACGUUUUUUCUCGUUUUGACAUAAAUUUAAAAUAGGUCCGUUAAUGUCUUCCCAUAUUAAUCUAGACAGCUGUUUUGAAGUAAUUGAAACAUGAAUUCUGUAAUUUAAAUGAAAAUUUCCGACUUUUGUUACGAUUUUAUUAAAAAAAUUCAAAUACUUUUCGGAUUUGUAUAAAAAGUGGGACCAAAUGCCAACUAUGCUGUGUCAAGGAAAAACGAACCACAUAAAUCGAAUCAAAAUUCUGAGCUUAAUCGAUAUAAAUACGUAAUAAUACCGAUCGAAUUAAGAGCGUCCUCCUUUUUGAAAUAGGUUAUAUUUUCGAAUCGUACAUGCCUAUAUCCGGAACCUGGAUUUCGUACUGGGCGGUGUCGUUAUUGAAACACAAUGCAAUUUCCGCCCGCGCUGUUGCGAUACGCCUUCCGCCAUUUUGUGCCUUUGUGGUGCUAUACAUUUGGGGACGAAUUUUUAUUGUAGUUAUAUUUUGGUAUAUGUAAUGCAUAUAAGACUAUUUUAAGGUAUUGCAUAUCGUUGCAUGAGUGAUUUAAAUAUUGUUAGAUUAGGUUAUUGUUGUAAAUGUUCGUGCCUUAUUGUGUAGUAAUGCGUAUUUUGAGGUGACAAAUGAAUGUUUUUCAUACCUAAGUACCAGUAUGUAUCAGAAUCUAAGACAGAUAUUUCAUUAGUCGUUAAGUCUGUUCUGUUAUUAUAUAACGGGUUAAGUACUAAUCAAGUUCAGUUAUUAUAAAGCAACCAUCCCAAUUAGUUGACGAGUAUAAUGCACGGUAUGGUAAAAAAGCACUCGCCCAAUACAAGCAGACUCUAACGACUAAUGAAACUGCGCCUUAAGAUAAGAAUGUUCAUUGUAUGAUAUACAAUUGUCAUUUUCAAAUACACUUACCUUGUCCUAAAUAUUUCAUAACUCAUAGAUUUAAGAAGUACAUCUGUGGCUGUGGUAAUUACUAGCUUAUUAUAAUCAGGAAUAAGAAAUCAUAGUCAUUUAUUUAUGCCAUAAUAAAUUAUUUCAGUUUAACGGCCAUUAAAUUGAUUAAAAUCUAAAUAAAUUAAAAUUAAUGGUUUAAUGCAACACAAAAUAUUUUUCGGAAUGUAUCACCUGAAAAUAUACACAAAUGUUAACCUGUCACGUUAUUUUCUCACUAUUACAACUUACAUAUUUCUAUAUCAACUUAAUACCUUCAACUUGUCACCACUAAACAGGGUAUUCCUAACGUCCUUAAGAUUUAUUUUGAAACGGGUCACAAUAUUUACUAAAAUCGAUUCUAAGUAGAAUAAUAACUGCAAUGUGAAAUGUUUAUACGUAUUUUACGUAAUCUUUUAUGAUUAUUUAAAAAAAAACCGUCUGUCUUAUAUUUGCAAUUUUGUUGGUAGAAUCGUUGAUAUAGAUCUAUUGAACUAUAUUAUUGUUAAUUUAUUUUGACUAUGAUUUUUCUGUAUGAAGUUGUGACGCCACAGUGCCAUAUGGUGAGAACGGUUUGCAAUGCUCUUGCAAUGUUUUUUAUAGCUCCUAAUAGGUAGCGAGACGAGAAAUAAAAUUUUUAAUUUCUCAUAUAAAUUUAUAAAUAAAUAUAACACUUGUUGUUUA